GUGCAACUCUGAGCAGUCAGGAAGUCCUGUCUGAGAAUUGAGUCAAUUUUUCUAGGCUACCAUGGAUCUGCUUUUGCUGGUCUUGUCGUUAAUUAGCGCAAAAUCCUCUUUUGUAGAAUCCAGAAGUAAAUGCUACAGCUGCGCAUCUACUAAUAUGAGAUCGAACUUUAUAACAAAGGAACGAGGACCACCGAAUCGAAAAACAGAACCUUUAACAUUUGAUAACAACUGUAACGAAGAUCCUUGGAUAAUCAAGGUACUUUAUAUGAUUCAUGCUUAUGACGGUCCACAUCACUGUCUUGUUCUCCCACAACAACUUAGUUCAGGAUCAUAUUCAUCGAUGACUUUUCGAGGAUGCUAUGAUAGAAUGUUCGAUAUGAUGAAUCCAUCAACGUUGGCGAUUCCCGAUCACAACUUUUGCACGGCUGGAGAGGUAUAG